UUUGCCAAUCAUCAACUAAAAUAUCCGCCCCUCCCCCAUUCACCUGAAAACGUCAAAUUUCAUACAAAUUACAAUAACAAUCAACAUCAUGAAAUUAUAUGCAAAGAAACAAUACGAAAAAUAAAAAAAUGGAAUUGUUUAGAUCGGAAUUAUAUUAUAUAUUUGUUAGAAACGAGUCCAGUUUGUGGUGGAAUCGAUCAACGGGAGCAUUUUCAGUGCGAUCAGCAUGGGACUUGUCAGAUAUAGAAGAUAUAGAAUGUUUAGGAAUAACAGAAGGCAUUAUAGGGAAAGUGGAACACUCGAAUAUUUACGAACCGCGGCUAAUGAUUAUAAAAGAAAGCGUUCCUGUUGGCCAAAUUUACUUCCAUCACACUAUAUACAAAAUAAAAUCUAUUUGCUUCCUUAACAUGGGCUCAUCAAAUCAGGAGUUAGAGCUAUGUCCGUGUACGAAACAUGGUUCCUCUAUUAUAAUGACUAAUACAAAUAAAGGAGGCAGUAGAAAAAUGGGUGCACGGCUGUUUGAAAAUUCCGCCUUCUUAAAUAAAACAGUAGGAGCUGUUAAAAAUGUUAGUAACACAAUUAAGACAACCACACAGCAAGCUGCUACUCAGGUGAAGCAAACAGUUAAAAAGCAACGAGACCCAAAACUAGCUGAACGUUUUGAAAAGAGGCUAACAGAUGAAUUGCACAAAAUAUUUGACGACUCAGAUAGCUUCUACUAUUCGCGGACACUAGACCUGACCAAUAGCUUACAACGACAGUACGAAAUAGAGAAGAUUCUAGAAACAGAAGAAGGCACUGGAAAACCUAUAACAGAUAUAACAAGAUGGUGGAAAUAUGUGGACGAUAGAUUCUUCUGGAACAAACAUAUGCUUAAAGAUAUUAUAAGUCCAAACUGUGACCAGUGGGUCUUACCGAUCAUACAAGGGUACGUCCAUCUGUCGCAAAUAGCUGUAGAACCACCCGAUGCAAAUCCUUUGAACACAGAAUCUUUGUCCAAUGCUAACUCAUGUGAUGAGAAGUUUACCUUGGGUCUUAUUUCCAGACGGUCUAGGUAUCAAGCUGGUACUAGGUACAAUCGUCGAGGAAUUGAGCCAGAUGGAAAAGUUGCAAAUUAUGUGGAAACUGAGCAAAUAGUUUCUAUCAUAUGUUCAGAUAGCAUACACAGAGCAUCUUUUGUACAGGUUCGUGGAUCAGUGCCAAUAUUCUGGAGCCAACCGGACUACAAGUUUCGUCCUCCGCCUCGUUUAGAUAAAACUGAAGAGGAAUCCCAUGUCGCCUUCAAGAAACAUUUCGAAGAGGAACUCAAAACUUACAAGCAAGUCUGUAUAGUGAAUCUCGUGGAACAGCAAGGGAGAGAGAGAAUCAUUUGGGAGGCGUAUAGCAAUCAUGUGCUCAAAUAUAACAGCCCUGAUAUCAUUUACGCUACUUUCGACUUCCAUGAAUAUUGUCGUGGCAUGCAUUACGAAAAUGUCAGUAUUUUGAUAAAUGCGAUUGCUGACGUUAUUGGCGAAAUGCGUUUCUGUUGGAGGGACGAUCGUGGACUCAUUUGCACGCAGAAUGGCGUGUUCCGCGUCAAUUGCAUCGACUGUUUGGACAGAACUAACGUUGUUCAGACGGCGAUAGCCAAGUACGUGCUGGAGCUGCAGCUGUGCCGCCUGGGGCUCGGCGCGCCCGGCUGCGGCCUGCCGCCCGCGCUGCGGACCGCCUUCCUCGCCAUGUGGGCCGACAGCGGCGACCUCGUGUCGCGCCAGUACGCCGGCACCAAGGCGCUCAAGGGUGAUUACACGCGCACUGGGGAAAGAAAAUUAACGGGAAUGAUGAAAGAUGGCGUGGCUUCUGCUAACAGAUAUUAUCUAUCGACGUUCAAAGACGCAUUACGUCAGGUAGCAAUAGAUGUUAUGACUGGGGAGUCGAGAUCUAUACCAGAGCAGUUAAUAGUACCUGAUUGUACUAAAUGUACCUCCGUUAAGGUGCUUAUGCUAAAUGAGCAAGCCGCUCCCGAUACAGCAGCGAUGGCCCAACACGUGAAGUCUCUCAUCGACGACUGCAAAAAGUUGCUAGUGGACACGGAGCCCGUUCUCGGUUCCUGGGGACUCAUUGAUGCGGACCCACAUACUGGCGACCCUCAAGAAACGGAAAUGGACAGCGUGCUAGUACUAACAAGCGAGGCGUACUAUGUAACCGAUUAUGACGAAACUUCCGACCGUUUGUUAUCUGUGCAACGAGUGCCAUUGAGUGACGUAACUUCUGUCGAACUUGGGACUUUGGACUCUAGUGCUACACUAUUCAGCGUGGGUCGUAAGAGCACCACGGAGCCAGUACACUGUAUAAGGAUCAACUACAAGUACAACAGCGAGACGGGCUACUUCCAUAUGUUCCGGUCCACUAGUCUGCGGUUCUUCAACAAUAUGGCUGUUGUUAUCAACACUAAAGACGAGAUGAUUGAAUCGUUACAUUCAAUUUGCGAGUCAUUGAUGGUGGCCCGCGAUGUGGCGAAGUUACCUCCCGUGCCCUUCCACGAUGGCGUCAAACUGGAGAGGAGGAAAUCCAAGAUACACCCAACCCAGGGCUCAUCCGGUGGAGCUAGAUCUUCCCUGUAUCUGGACUUGUCCCGUCUACCCACACUCACCCGAAACGUCAGCGAGACGCAACUUGUUGCGGAUAUACGAAGCGUCGGAUCAAAAGCCUUAAACAACAUGACAGAACAAUUCAGUAAGUUAAAUAAACUGAGUCACUCACUCAACGCUCGAGCUAGACCAAGCCUUCAACUAAAAUUUGACCAAAGCGCUACCCGAACUAAGAAAAUAUUCACAUUAGGCCAAAAUAAAGGAGAUAACAAGAAGAAAGGAAGCCUCUCGGAUGGAAUGAGUUCGGACUACUCAUCUGAUGACGAAAACAGAACAAACAUAUUUGAACCAACAUUGGACAAUUUUGAAAAUAUGCAACAUUAUAUUGGCGACCAACAACGAAAAGACGAUAAUGACUGCGAUUUGAUACAAAAUCCUCUAUAUUCUUCUAAAAUAGAACCGCAUGAAGAAGUUGUUGAAGCUAGCACGUCUGUUGGCCAAGAAAAACAGACAUUAAAAACUCCAAAUAAUACAGCCAAGAAAAAUCCAUUUGAUACGGAAUCGAUAACACCUGAAAUUCAAAUAGAAUCGGAAGCCGCUAAACCUAUACCACCAAAUUCUCUAAUGCUUUCACAAAAACUGUCCCAUAGUUCGGGUUUCAUAAACUUCGAAGAUAACGAGAAUGUUCCAGAAGGUGUCAAUUAUCAUCGAUCUAAUUCUCAACACGAAAUAACUUUGAAUAUUGCUCAAUCGCACAGCGAGUCGGCUUUGAGACAGUUGAAAAAUAUGGCAAGUCCCGUGUCGAGCGCUACGAAAGAAAUGGUCUUAUCGCCGUUUUCUAAAUUGGCGAAGGGUGUACAAUCAUUGGGGGCUAAUUUGGAUCCCAGAAAGAUAAAGGGUUCGGUAACAGUGAAACAUAUAUCUGAACAACAAUACGAAGAACACAAGAAAUUGCAAGAAAAAUGGCAGGGUUGCAAUACUCGUCUGGUUGCUCUCUAAAGAAAAAAGUACUGUGUUACCAAUAUAGAAAAUCCAUUCACAAAGGUAUUGUAUCUCAAAAAAAAAAAAACAACCAGUCACAAAUGUAUUAUUAUAGCCAGUAGCAAAUUCGUGUAAAGGUUAAAAAAUUUAGAAAGUAUAUCAAAUACGUGCUAACUGUUAAAGCAAGCUAAUUUUCCUUUGCUUAGUUCAAUUAUUAGAAUAAUUUUUAUAGUAUUAUAAAUUAUAAAAUUAGAUACGACUGAGUCAUUGACACACUCCAGAUGUUUGAUGAGUUCCAGUUAUUUAGAAGAAUUGUUAUGUAAUUAGAAAAAUGAGUGUUAUGGUAGAGCCAGACAGUCUAAUUAGUAUGACUAUGAUUGUCGGAGUAAUGGAUGUUAAAGAGUAUUAGCAAAUGUCUGGCAUUUUAAUGUUUUUGUCUCGUCCGUAGUUUGACAUCGGCUAAGUCAACAUUGAUAGUAACGAUUUUCAAAAUAGUAAUCGUGACGAUAUACGAAGAAUCAAGUAAUUGCUAAUAGGUGUGAAUCCAAGACACAUUUAGAAUUUAUUUAGAGAGGCAAUUUAAGUGGUUGAGAGUUAAAUGUUUAAAAAAAAUCUAAAUCUUUUUUUUUAAUUUUCAUUAAACAUUUAAUUAUGUAUCUAUCACCCUUUUAGCUUCCUCGUGGAUUCGCGCCAAAAUGUUGACUUAAUUGACAAGUAAAGCAUAAAAUAUUUAAAAAAAUGUAUUUGUAUUUCUUAAACUAAUAAUAUAAAAAUAUUUUUCAUAAAUAGAAAUAAACUUAACAAAUUCAUAAAUGUACUCCGAAUUCUGCUCAAUUUUUUGCACCAAUAUAGAGCUUGUAAUUGCAUAUUAGGUACAUCUUACGUGCGAAUAUAUUAUAGCUAUACAACUAAAAUAUAGUAAAUAUCGUUAUAAAAAAAUUAAAGCAACUUGCCCUUAAAAAUAUUACAAUAACAAAAAAUCUAAUUUGUAAACAACUCAUCUUUAUUCGUUUCAGUAAAUGUAUGUAACUUAGUUCUUCAAUAUGGAAGGCUUCUAUUGUAUAAAAGAUCUAAACGAUGGAGUAAAUGGUCAAUUUUAUAAGGAACCAUCUGGAAAUAGAAGCACGCGUACCCAAAAUUUUGUUAAGAAGGGGCAAAAACAAAUAAAUGUGCAAACUCGUUUAGCAAUAGAAAACUGCAUGUUGUUACUGCAACUUUCUAUUCACCUUCACUAUCUACACUACCUAAAAUUUCUCAAUUAUCUAAUCUACCUUAAAUUUCAAUAUAAAAUCUAAAAUGUCUGCUAUUAGGUUCGAGUCAGGGUGGAGUAAAUUCAGCCCUUGCCCCACUGUGGGUACGCCCGUGUCCAUUCUGUAUAUUUAUUUGAAAUUAUUCUAGACUUGUGUUAUCUAACUUACUACUUCGAUCAUAUUACCCACCAACUAUGAUUCAUAUUGGUCCAGGUUGUCAGAUUUAUUAGCAUUUGCACUCAGCAAUACUUGUCAGGGUCAAAUGAGAUCUAUUAGUUUAAAAGCUCUUAAAAUACAUUCCAUGUAAAUGUUUAUUAAUAAUUCCAGUUAAGUAAAUUUUAUAUAUUAUUACUAUUUCUAAAGAGCACUUAAUUUUUACUACACAUUAAUGAUAAACUAUAAUACUGUAAACAGUCGACAAACUAAAUUAUAAGUAUGUAUGAACA